AUGGCUGAACAUCAACAGGGAAGUACAGAAUCUGAGCUGGAAACACUAAGGUUGGAGAAUGCCAAAUUAAGGGAACAACUGGCUCGGGUGCAAGACAACAAGAAGGAUUACCCAUUAUCUUUGGAGGAAUACCAACGCUAUGGUAGGCAAAUGAUUGUCGAGGAAACAGGCGGUGUCGUGGGCCAAGUCAAAUUAAAGAACACCAAGGUCUUGGUUGUUGGCGCUGGUGGUCUGGGAUGUCCCGCCUUGCCGUAUCUGGCAGGCGCUGGUGUGGGUCAGAUCGGUAUAGUAGAUAACGACGUAGUGGAAACUUCCAAUUUGCACAGACAGGUUCUUCACGAUUCUAGCAGAGUAGGAAUGUUGAAAUGCGAGUCGGCCAGGCAAUCGAUUACGAAACUGAAUCCGCACGUCAAUGUUGUUACUUAUCCCGUUAGACUAAACUCAACUAAUGCAUUUGAGAUAUUUGAAGGUUAUGACUAUGUAUUAGACUGUACCGAUUCUCCCCUAACCAGAUACUUGGUCUCUGAUGUAGCUGUUAAUCUGGGAAUAACGGUAGUGUCUGCAUCUGGUUUAGGUACAGAAGGUCAGCUGACCAUUUUGAACUUUAACAGCAUGGGGCCAUGUUAUAGAUGUUUCUAUCCAACUCCUCCACCACCAAAUGCAGUGACUUCAUGCCAAGAAGGUGGUGUGAUAGGCCCAUGCAUUGGAUUGGUCGGCACGAUGAUGGCCGUCGAGACUCUAAAACUCAUCCUAGGUGUCUAUACCAAUGAAAAUUUCAAGCCCUUCUUGAUGCUAUAUUCGGGCUUCCCACAACAAAGUCUGCGUACAUUCAAAAUGAGAGGCAGACAAGAGAGUUGCUUGUGCUGUGGCAAGAAUCAAACCAUAACAAAAGAGACCAUUGAAAAGGGUGAGAUUAAUUAUGAACUUUUUUGUGGCUCGCGGAACUAUAACGUUUGUCAGCCUGAUGAAAGACUAAGUGUAGAAGCUUUUCAGGAUUUAUACAAGGACAAUGACGGUAAAACGAACCAGAUCUUAGUGGACGUUAGACCAUCCCACCACUACGAAAUAUCUCAUUUUCCUGAGGCAAUCAAUCUUCCAGUCAAAAAGUUGAGAGAUAUGAACGGUGAUAUCAAGAAGUUACAAGAAGAGCUUCCCACUGUAGGAAAGGACACCGAUAUAGUGGUUCUCUGCCGUUAUGGGAAUGACUCUCAAGUAGCGACAAGAUUGUUGAAGGACAAAUUUGGGCUCUCGAACGUAAGAGACGUGAGAGGGGGUUACUUCAAAUACAUUGACGAUAUAGACCAAAACAUUCCUAAAUAUUAG